AUGUCAUCAUAUUCGCCUAUACCAGACCAACCACCAAAUUACCCUCCAGGAGAGGGACAGACUGGUGAAAGACAAUUUGGAGAUAAUAUUCCUGAUGAUUUCAAGUACUCAGUUGAUGUUGCUUCAUGUGAACUCCCUGUUCGUCAAUUAUUCAUUCGGAAAGUGUAUCUGUUGUUAACGAUACAAUUAAUGGCAUCGGUACUUGUCGGCUAUAUUGUGAGAUCAUCAGAGCCAAUAUUGACUUGGACUUUAAACAAUCCAUGGAUUUUGAUUGUUAACUUAUUCGCCUCAAUUGGGUUUAUGGUUGCUGCUUUUUUCAAAGCUAGGUCCUACCCGGUCAAUUUAGUGUUACUUGGUGGAUUUACGAUUUUUGAGAGUUUUACUUUGGGUAUUGCAUGUGCAUUUGUUGAGAGUACGGUUGUUAUUGAAGCGAUAUUGUUGACAAUGAUUAUAUUCAUUGGAUUGACUCUUUUCGCUUUCCAAACAAAGUAUGAUUUCAUUAGUUGGCAAGGAACCUUGGGAAUGAUUUUGUGGGGGUUAAUCGGAUGGGGGUUCAUUAUGAUGUUUUUCCCUGGAAGCAAAGGUGUUGAAAAUGUCUACUCAUUUGUUGGAGCAAUCGUAUUCAGUAUCUACAUUAUUAUUGAUACUCAAAAAAUUAUGAAGACGUGUCACCUUGAUGACGAAGUGAUUGCUACAAUUCUGUUAUAUCUUGACAUUAUCAACUUGUUUUUAUUCAUUUUGCGUUUGUUGAACAACAAUCGUGACAACUAG